CCCGGGCGCUUUUAAUCAGCCUCGUUUUUCCUUUCGGAGCGUUCACCUUCUCCGCAUAGAUCUAAUCAAUCACUUAUUUUUCUUUGGGACGAAUUAAUUCGCUAUUAUCAGCAUUCUAUUGUACUGAAAAUCCGAUGGAGAAAUUAUGCCAACGUGUUGUGUGUCGAAAAGCCGAAGCCAGAAAUUUCUUGCUCUUCCAUUCAGUCCGAAGUUCAGAAUAGUUUCUUAAGAGAAGGAAGAAUUUCUUAAGAGUGUCAAUUCGGCCGUAGUUGUGCAAGAAAAACCCAACUCAUACGAAAUAUGUUUCGCGAAAAAUGAAGAUGGAAAUUUGAUACAUGAUUUGAAAAGUACACAGAGAGAAAAGAUAAAAAAGAUACUAGUAAAAAAUGGCUUAACUAAGUAGAAAAUAAAAACUGUGUCUUUUAAUUAGUUUUAAACGAUCAUAAAGCUUGGAUCUUUUCGUUUUAAAGAUAUAUAGAUUAGCCAUUGGUAAAAACUCGAAGUUCAUAAUUUUGUGGGUUGGUUCAUUCUUGCAUAACUAUGGCCAAUUGUGCAAUUUCUUCGUUAAGUUUUCACGCUAUAUGCGUGUGUGGGAGUGUGUGAAGGUUGGAGGGGAGAGCUAAGCGAAUGUCAGUCGGUUGUUGUUGUUAGUGAAUGGUAUUUUUGAAACAUCCGUAGGAAUGUGGUUAGGGCACGAUUUUACGGGUUCACUAAAGCUACUAUCCCCCAGGCGGUUGACCUUCGUUCCCCCCAAAUGAAAAUGAGCUUACUACCUGCUUAUGCUUAAUGAUCGCGAUGAUAAGCGUUGCGUUCUUUCGGUUCUCUCUCUCUUUCAACGUUAACCGGAUCCACUUCGGAUCGUGUUCGGAUGAAUAGAAAAAAUCGCAAGUCGCGUUUGACGUCUCCUACUUCUUGCUUUCACCGUCAACUUAUCGUGGUCCAAAGGGCUGAAUAUUUUAUCAGCACUCUCUUUCCAAGAACAUCCUUCCGCCUCCUCUCGCCACUCUUUGUCUGAUCCCGAACUUGAGUGCAGUUGGCACGCUUUCCUGCGGAGUGACAGGGUAUACUCAACUCAUAUCUAUCUGCAGGGAGGAGAAGGAGGGGCGGGAGAGGAUGAAAUAAAGAGAGACUGAGAGAGAGAAUGAGAGAGAGGGUAAUGACUGACGGUGAGUGGGAUUUUGUGCAGUGCCGGCUUGCAGCACAUUGUAACCCCAAGUACGAUAAGUAAAACACAAAGAGUAUCCCUCCCUUUUCAAUAAAUAAUACAAUAAAGAAGAAAAUUAAAGGUACAGUUUACAGUGCAAGAAAAUCGCUUACAAGUGUUUCUUUGGGAUCACGUUAGACUCUUUGUAAUUCUCAGGGAGCUGCCGGAGCAAAAUCUUUAAAAUCACAUUUCGCACGGCUCGUGCACAAAACAAUGCACUGCGGUUCGCGUAGUUUUUUGAGUCGAGAGUGUCGCGCAUCCGCGACUUAGAGCCGUGUCCAACAGUGCGAUAGUGACGUGCACUUAGCGCUUUGCAUUUAACAACGAGCAAUUUCAAACAAAGGUAAGCUAUAAGUAACGACACGUCCGAAUAACGGUACGGUAUUGAGCGUAAUCGACGGAACAGUUGUCUCGGUUUCCUCCAACGGUCCCGGAACAAGUUCUAGCGGGAAUUCCCGAAAUCGUCAACGGGUAUUAUCAUCGGCUUAUGCAAAAUACGGCCCUGCCGAUUCGGAGGCCGCAAGAUGGGGAGAGAGAGAGAGAGAGAGAAAGAGAAAGAGAGAGAGAGAGAGACUUGACUCGACUUCGCGACAGCGGAGGCUACUCGCGGAGCCAGUACGAAACGCACAGCACCGAGCACCAAAUCGGUCGCACACGUUGCUCGUAGCACCGCAACGGAACGAAUCGGUUUCGUCAUCGUCCGCAAAUCUCGUGAAUAUCUCGCGUAUACUCUCGCGUACGGGCCGAUCGCAAAUCGGUCGGUAGGUCGGUAGAUCCCAAGAUCUCUCCGUGAGUGAUCAUUUUUUUCGCGAAUAGUGCGUCCCGCCAGUGAAGAGUGCUCCCACAUCAUUGUGCUCCGGCAACAAGAGCUUCCGGCUCUUCCUCCUCUUCUUCUUCCACGUCUUCUUCCGUUUCGGACCACACGCGGUUCCGGCUCUCGUUAUGCGCGGCCAGUGCGAAGGGGAGAUGCGGCCUUGGAGCUGAGACCGCCACGCCGGCUGCGAAGGUCCUUGGGCCCGCAUCCUAGAUCGAUCACGAAAAAGUAAGGAUCACUCGCGUAAGGAUUACUUCGCGUCAUCAUCCUCGUAUUUCCACUAGAAAAAAAGCCAAGCACGAGCGACACUUGUUGAGUCGAGCCAGGCCUAACAAAGAAAGAAAAAAAAAAGAGAGGAAACUAGAGAAGGUCGAGAAACGGACCAAACAGACGGGAGGGAACUGUGAGACGGAGGAAACGGAGUUGUUAAGACGAGAGUGAAGGAGCAGGCGGAAGGAAAGGGAAAGAAAGACACGUUGAGAGGAAAAGGCGUAUACACAUGUUGUAAAGUAACGUCGCGUGUUUUUUUUUUUGUUUCUUUAUACAUCUCGCAGUAGUUAGCACACGGGCGAGCAAGAAAGUGAUAGAGUGACAGAGAGGGAUUUAUUGCACCCUCCGAAAAACGCGCCAUAAUCGAGAACAAGAAAAAAAAAACAUGGCCAUGGUCUCGACAUGCUCCGUUCUGAGGUACCGUCCGCUGAACGCUGCGCUCCUCACGUUCUUCCUCAUUGCUCUUCAAAGUUCUGCCAGUAUCGCGGAUAAGCCGGGCACGACGAAGCUGGACCCGUGCUCAAGUGAGGUAUACUGCCACGGCGAGCUGCUGCACACGGUACAGAUGGCCGGCGUGUACAAGGACUCCAAGUACUUCGUCGACAUGAAGAUGAGGCGGCCGCCGAACGAGACGCUGGCGUCGUUCCGCGCCUUCAUGAGCAGCGUGAACAACACGCCCAAGAAGCACCAAGUCGAGAAGUUUCUCAACGACACCUUCGAGCCGGCCGGUUCGGAGUUCGAGGAGUGGGACCCGAUCGAUUGGACCGCCAGUCCCGCAUUCCUGCGUAAGAUCGAGGACCACGAUCUGAGGAAAUUCGGCUCCGACCUCAACAACAUCUGGAAGAUGUUGGGCAGAAAGAUGAAGGAGGAAGUGCAGCUCCACGAGGAGCUCUACUCGAUCAUCUACGUGCCGAACCCGGUGAUCGUGCCCGGCGGCAGGUUCCGCGAGUUCUACUAUUGGGACUCGUACUGGAUUAUCAAGGGCCUGCUGCUGUCGGAGAUGCACACCACCGUCAAGGGCAUGCUGAACAAUUUCGUGUCGGUCGUCGACAAGAUCGGCUUCAUACCGAACGGCGGCAGGGUCUACUACACGAUGCGCUCGCAGCCGCCGAUGCUAAUCCCGAUGGUGGAUGAAUAUCUGAAGACCACCCACGAUCACGCGUGGCUCAAGCAGAAUCUGUGGCUGUUGGAGAAGGAGUUCGACUUCUGGAUGACGAAUCGCACCGUGGACAUCGAGAAGGACGGCGCAAACUACACGUUAGCGAGGUACUACGAGGAGUCGUCGGGCCCGCGACCGGAAUCGUACAAGGAGGACUAUCUGACGAGCCAGAGUUUCCGAACCGCCGAGGAGAAGGACAAUUAUUACUCGGAACUGAAAACGGCGGCAGAGUCCGGCUGGGACUUUUCCAGCCGGUGGUUCGUGCACGAAGGCACCAACAAAGGUAACUUGACAAAUCUCAAAAUCAGAUCUAUCAUCCCGGUCGAUCUGAACACCAUGAUCUACCGGAACGCCCGGCUGUUGGCGAAAUACAAUCGUCAGACGGGCAACGAGACGAAGGCCGCCUAUUACGACGACAUUGCCGAGAAGUGGAAGGAGGCGGUCAGGAUCGUGUUGUGGCACGAGGAGGUGGGCGCCUGGUUGGACUACGAUAUGCUGAACGACAUCAAGCGCGACUACUUCUAUCCGACCAACAUCCUGCCGUUUUGGGCCGACUGCUACGACACGUCGAAGAAGGCGGACUACGUGUCGAAGGUGCUCAAGUAUCUGGAGAAGAAUCAGAUCAUGCUGAACCAGGGCGGCAUACCGACCACGCUGGAGCACUCCGGCGAACAGUGGGACUAUCCCAACGCCUGGCCGCCGCUCCAGUAUUUCUUCAUUGUGUCGUUGAAUAACACGGGCGACGCGUGGGCGCAACGCUUGGCCUACGAGAUAAGCGAGAGAUGGGUCCGCAGCAACUAUAAGGCCUUCAACGAGACGCACUGCAUGUACGAAAAGUACGACGCGACCGUUUCGGGCGGGUAUGGUACUGGAGGUGAGUACGAAGUUCAGCUUGGUUUCGGCUGGUCGAACGGGGUCGUUAUGGAUUUGCUGGAUAAGUAUGGCGACAGGUUGACCGCGGAGGAUUACUUCAAGCCCGGCGACGUGAUCGAGAACUCAGCGCCGCCGCAGGUUGUCGUUUCGACAGCUGGUCAAAUGCUGACUGGCAUUCUAGCUCUCAUCAUAUCAUUAGCAGCAGGAUUCAUAGGAAUGGUGGUUUACAAGAGACGGCAGUACUAUGCGCCCGGUCCUUCGACGAGCAGGAGGAAGAUUGACUUGUCGAGCGGCGGCAACCUAUAUCGAAAGCGGAUCGCGUACACCGAGCUGAAGGACAUGAACAACGAUUGAUGAUCGCUCGUUGUCUAGAUGAUCGAUUCGCUCAAUUAACUAGUGAAAGAAGGUAACACACGCGUGCGAGCGCGCAUACGCGGAAGGAAGUGUCGAGGAAUGUAGGAGAACGUCAGGAUGGCAGGACGCAGUCAGAAUACGUAGUCGCCGGAGUCAAGCGCGUGCAGGAUACAAGUGGGAUGCAGCUGUGCUCGAAGCUGCCUCGAAGAUGGAGAAGAACGAGACUGACUGGCGCGAAGAUUGCGGCGAAAGAUCGAAGUGGAAGAUCAAGGUGGAAGGAGAACAGGCGUUCAGGGAAUGGCACGACAUGACAUGCCACGUCACGUCACGGCAUCGCGUCGCGUCGCGUCGCGUCGCGUCGCUCUGGCAAGGUUCUCCAGCCUGCGAAACCGAGGAACGCUUCCGGUCAAAAUGUCCGUUCGUUCGCUCGCAUUAUCGCUCAAGUACCCAUGACUGCGCCUCGAAGAGAGAAGGUACCAAAGAAGAGUUCGAGAGUCGCGUGACUCCGAGUCGUUGCUUCCGUCUAAUCUAACAACGCUCGUUGCGAAACAAGAGUAAGAGAGUAGAAAGAUUAAGUCUGUCACCGCAGCGAUUUAACAGGAUCUAGUUUUAAUUAAUAGCGUUAAAUGUCGGACGAUGGGAUAACGAAAUUUCAUAUAUCACUUAUCGCGUCACCCGACAAACGUGCAAUCAAAGUAGGAAGAUCAAAGUUAUUUCAAGCACAAGGCAGGGAAGAGGCGAAGCAGGCGAUUAAUGAAAAUAAAAAAGAGCGAUGAAAAAGCCGUCGGACUCUGCUAUUUGCGGAUAUUGGUGAUUAAGAA